UUAAAAAAAGAUUUGUCAGGUUUUUAUUUGUCUCUUUUUUAACUUUCUCUUGCUUACAGAAUCGUCUCCCUCCACCUUCCAGCCGUCUUGAGAUUGAGAAUCAAUCAAUCAAAGCAUCGAAAUCAAUAAUCUCAGACACAUCUGGAAAUGGUUUAAAGGGAUGAAGAGUUUUGAUUUGCAUAAGCUUAUAUUAUGGCGCAGUGCAUAGACGGUUUCAAGCAUUUAUGCACCUCUGUUUUAGGGUGUUUUGAUCUUGAUUUGUAUAAACAACCUGGUGGCCUUGGUGACCCUGAAUUGCUUGCCAGAGACACUGUUUUUAGUGUGAGUGAAAUAGAAGCUCUUUAUGAGCUGUUUAAGAAAAUCAGCAGUGCCGUUAUUGACGAUGGACUAAUCAACAAGGAAGAGUUUCAGUUGGCUUUAUUUAAGACAAAUAAAAAAGAGAGCUUGUUUGCAGAUCGGGUUUUUGAUUUGUUUGAUACAAAGCACAAUGGGAUACUAGGGUUCGAGGAGUUUGCUCGUGCUCUCUCUGUCUUUCACCCAAAUGCGCCUAUAGAUGACAAAAUCCACUUUUCAUUUCAGCUAUAUGAUCUUAAACAGCAAGGGUUCAUCGAACGGGAAGAGCUGAAACAAAUGGUUGUGGCUACGCUUGCUGAAUCUGGAAUGAACUUGAUGGAUACUGUCAUUGAGGAUAUCAUCGACAAGACGUUUGAAGAAGCAGACACAAAACACGAUGGAAAGAUUGACUGGGAGGAGUGGAGAAGCCUUGUUCUCAGACAUCCCAGCCUUCUCAAGAACAUGACUCUUCAGUAUCUCAAGGAUAUCACGACUACGUUUCCAAGCUUUGUGUUCCACUCUCAAGUUGAAGAUACCUGAUGAUGAGGAAAAAAGAAAAAAAACAGCAAGCAGCAAGAGUUUAUGUUUUUUUUUGGUCAUUUGUUUCGUUGAUUUUUUUUCUUUUCUUGUGAAGCAAAAUACAAAGUUUAUUUGUUUUCAUUGAGCUAUUUCUGUGAAGCAGAAUUCUUUUCGGUUCCACAUCUUUGAUCAGACCUGUUUGUAGGUAACAACUUUUGCAUCUUGGUAUAUGAUAUGUAAAGUUUUCAGGUUAA